AUGCGGCCCAGCCAGAGCCCUGGAGUGACCCUGCGGAGAGCGGGGCCCGUGGUGAGUUACGCAGACCCUGGCGGCCUCGAGGGAUUGUGCUGGGGCACGGCCCGCCCCAUGUCAGGCCUCCAGGAAAACACCACUUUGACAGCUGCUGGGGACACUGGGCUUGGUCAGUGCCGUUCAACACCUGUGGGCGACUCGCAUACCUGGCAUGGGGUCCUGAUUUCAAUUGGCACAUGCAACAGCCCUGGGACCCUGGCAGCGUCCCCUCCCACCUGUGAGCUGGGGAUGGGCGUGAGGGUCCAAGGUCCACCCCGGUGA